UCACGCGAGCAGUGCACAUUUGCUCAGAAUGUACAGGCUCAUUUUAAGCGCACUUUUGAUCGCGACGGCCGCGUGCCAGGAACAAAAGAGGGUGCCCAAGUACGCGGGUGAUCCUAGAACGGCCGCCAUCGUUCAGGAGGCCCGGUAUCUCAGCGGGAACGGAGCCUUCGGCGCCGCGUACCAGCAGGAGGAUGGAAUCGACUUCAAGGAGGAGACCGACGCGGAGGGCAACAGGAAGGGCAGCUACUCCUACAUCGACCCGACCGGCCAGAGAAAGACCGUGAACUACAUCGCUGGAAAGAACGGAUUCCAGGCGAUCGGGGACCACAUCCCGACUGCGCCUCAGCCGGUCGCCCCCACCCCCGGAUACACCCCAGACCCGAGGUACAACUCACCAGACUACAAGAGCCAGCAGUACACCGCUCCUCAGCAGUACACGGCUCCCCAGCAGUACUCCGCCCCGGUGGCUCCCCGCAACUACGCCGGCAAGCCCAACCCGGAUGACGGCCAAUACUACCCCGAGCUGUACGAGCAGGAGAACUACUCCGCGCAGCAGCCCCAGCAGUACCAGCCUCAGCCUCAGCCUCAGUAUCAACCUCAACCUCAGUACCAACCUCAGCCUCAGUACCAACCCCAGCCCCAGCCCCAGUACCAGCCUCAGCCUCAAUACCAGCAGCAGUACCAGCCCAGCAACAUCUACCCGGGAGUGGCCCAAGCGCAGUACAGCGGAGUGCAAUCCCAGCAGUACCAAAGUGCGCCCCUCCCUCAAGCGAGACAGGCGUACUACGAGCAGACAACACCGCAGCCAACCAGGUUCUUCCCCCCAGGGAAGUUCAGCUUAAACAGAGCCCCCGACGGCUACACCUACUCCUUCCACAAAGCGUAAGAACCUAACGAACUUGGCGGGUCGUUAGAAGCUGGUACCGAUCAGCUAAUUGCCAAGUCAUCGUUGCAGUGCGGAGGACGUUUGUGUGUGGUUGUUUUGCUGUGAUACGUUAAUUAAUGGACAAUGUUGUUAGUCUUGUUACUAAACGACGGGUGGAACUGAAGAAAAUUGUAAAUAAAUAAUUUAAUUCAAA